GUCCACUCCGGCGAACCUUGGUCCGGAAGAAGCAAGCUCCCACUUUCUCCGACGAGCCACGGAUAGCGGCGGCGGCCUUACGACGAGCUCCCACUUUUUCCGGCGAGCCGCGGAUGGCAGCGGCCGCGAUUGCUCUUGUUCGUCCAUCAAGCUCCCUUUGCUCCGGUGAGCCUCAUCGACAACAAGCGGGCCUUCAUCUUCGACGAGAUCCAGCGAGCUCCGAUUUCCUCCGCCGAACUAUGGACGGAAGUGGCGGGCCCCUCACCGCGGUCCUCUCUGGCAGCCCUCUCCGCAAUCCUUUCCGGAAGUCUCCUCCGGCGGUUCUCUCCGCGGUCCUCUCCAGCGGUCCUCUCCGGCGGUCCUCUCUGGCGGUCCUUCCCGCGGUCCUCUCCAAUGGAUCCAUCCAUGGACAGAUUUGGCCUCCAGUGGACCACUUUAACUUCAUGGGUCCCUCAAAUGGACAGAUUUUGCCUCAAGUGGACCGCUCCAUCCUCAUGGCUCCUUCAUAUGGACGGAUUUGGUCUCAAGUGGACCGCUCCAACUUCAUGGGUCCCUCAAAUGGACGGAUUUUGCCUCAAGUGGACCGCUCCAUCCUCAUGGCUCCUUCACAUGGACGGAUUUGGCCUCCAGUGGACCGCUCCAACUUCAUGGGUCCCUCAAAUGGACGGAUCAAGCCUCAGGUGGUCCGUUCCGAGUUGUAUAAGUUGAUAAAAUGGAUUAUCGCCUGUAAAUCAAGGUUUAAGAGCAUCAAGAAGCUUGAUGAUGCAGUUCUAUUGUACCGUCACAUGGUCCGGAGUCGUCCCCGUCCUCCAAUUAUCCAAUUCAACCAUCUCUUGAAUGCCGUUGUGAAGAUGGGCCGCUACCGUCAUGCCGUAUCUCUAUUUCAUGAUAUCUUUGCGUCCGGAGUUCUGGUAAAUCAGUUCACGCUGACCAUUGCUGCGAAUUCCCUUGCCUGUUUGCAUCAAGUAGACUCGGGCUUCGCUAUGGUUCGAGAUGCUAUAUGGUUGUUUCACAAGUUAUUGAAUGAGAAACUGUGCGAGCCUAGUGAUGUCACCUUGCUCGUACUAAUUGAUGGCCUCUGCAAGGCGGGACACACUGGGAAAGCUAUUAACAUGCUUAAUUUGUUUGACGAGAAAGGAAAUUACAAGCCAGAUGAACGUGCGUAUAGCACCAUUAUUGAUUCGUUGUGCAAGGAUUCCCUGGUGGACGAUGCCCUUGUCCUGUUUGCCAAAAUGAUGAAAAAGGGCAUUCCUCCUGAUGUUGUGACCUAUAGUUCUUUAGUUCACGGACUCUGUGUAUUUAGUCGAUGGGGAGAGGUCAAGGAGAUAGUGAAAAGAAUGAUGGACUAUAGGAUUCCUCUCGAUGUUCAUACAUAUAGCAUAUUAGUUGAUGGGUUUUGCAAGGAAGGGUGGGUCAGUGAUGCUGCCAAAAUCGUAGAGACAAUGGUCCGAGAAGGUGUCGAUCCCAACGUAAUCACGUACAGUGCUUUGAUGGAUGGAUACUGCUUACAAGGAAAGAUGGACAGCGCAUUGGAACUCUUAAACACCAUGAUUCGUAGAGGAUGUGACCCUAAUAUCCACACUUACAAUAUUCUAAUAAAUGGAUAUUGCAAGAGUGGGUGUUUAGAUAUGGCCAUGCAAUUACUUGAAAAUAUCCCUAGCAUUGGCCUAAAGCCAACAGUUGUUACCUACAGCAGUAUGUUGGAGGGCUUAUUUCAAGCAGAGAGAUGUGCUGAUGCCGAGAAGCUUUUUAACCAGAUGGUAGAAAACCGAGAAUAUCCUGAUCUUUUCACCUACAAUAUUAUUUUGGAUGGCUUCUGCAAGAACCAUCGUGUUCCUCAAGCGCUUUCUUUACUUAGGGUGAUGGAAGCUAAAAGUCCCACCCCUGAUAUAGUUAGCUACACUACUGUCAUAAACGGACUGUUCAAAGAUGGAAAGUCAUGCAGUGCAAUAGAACUUUUUGAUGCCCUUCCCUCAGUCGGUCUGCAGCCAAAUAAGUUAACUUACACGAGUAUGAUAAGCGGACUUUGCCGAGAAGGUUUGCUAGAAGAUGCAAAAGAUAUGCUCAAGAAAAUGGAGAAAAAUGGUUGUAUGCCAGACAGUAGGGUGUACAGUGAACUGAUAUACGGGUUAGUGAAAAAGAAUGAGCACUGUGAUGCUAUAUUACUUCUGGAGGAGAUGUCAAGACUCGGGUUCUCACCCGACAAUAGAACUUGCGAAAUUUUACUCAAGUCAAUCUUACAAAAAGGACCAGAUUCCACUCUACUGCAGAUGCUUCUAAAAGCUUCUAAAUGUCAUACUACUACAGAAUUAAUGGAGUCCCAAACUUCAGUACUUAAAACCUACGAUGCGUUUUUGUAGAUGCACAACUAUUUUCCUUAUCGUAUACAUGAAGCAUGUCGCCCUUGUGACAUGUCCUUACAAAAGACCUCAACUCAUUGUUUCAUAGACAUAAUUUGAGGAGAAUGUGGAUCAUUUUUUCUGUUUCCGACAGUCCUGUGUUUUAACGUAGGUUUGCUGUGAAUACUUUUGAGACUACUUUAUCACCAUUCUUGGAUGGUUGUUUCAUUUGAGCUUUAGGUUACUGAGAUUAUUUGUAGUCGAAUCGAGUUUAAUUCCGCAGUCAAAUUGAGUGAUGCUGGUGAUGUUA